CACUUCUUCUUCCUUAACCUAUUUUGUUCUUAAUUAUCAAUGUCUCAAUCCCAUUCAACUGGAAAAUGUUCUUCCAUGACUUCAAUACUCCUCUUGUUUAUGCUUCUAAUCACUAACACAGGCACAACAGGUGCACAAUCUGGUGUAUGCUAUGGAAGAGUUGGCAACAAUUUACCGUCCCCACAAGAAGUAGUGGCCCUUUACAAACAAUAUGAUUUCCGAAGGAUGAGAAUCUAUGAUCCAAGCCAACAAGUACUCCAAGCUCUGAGAGGUUCCAACAUUGAGUUGCUGCUAGAUCUCCCUAACGUCAACCUCCAAAGUGUAGCUUCUAGCCAAGACAACGCAAACAGAUGGGUGCAAGACAACGUCAGAAACUAUGCCAACAAUGUCAGAUUCAGGUACAUUUCGGUGGGAAAUGAAGUAAAACCUUGGGACUCAUUUGCACGUUUUGUAGUGCCUGCAAUCCAAAACAUCCAAAGAGCCGUUUCUGCGGCUGGCCUUGGAAACCAAAUAAAAGUUUCCACUGCCAUUGAAACUGGUGCCUUGGCAGAAUCAUACCCUCCAUCAAGGGGCUCUUUUAGGUCUGACUAUUUAACAUCAUAUCUUGAUGGUGUCAUUAGACAUCUAGUGAACAAUAAUGCCCCAUUAUUGGUUAAUGUGUACCCUUAUUUCGCUUACAUUGGAAACCCUAGGGACAUUAGUCUUGACUAUGCACUUUUUAGGUCUCCUUCAGUGGUAGUGCAAGAUGGUUCACUUGGUUACCGUAACCUUUUUAAUGCUAUGGUGGAUGCUGUUUAUGCUGCAUUGGAGAAAGCAGGAGGAGGGUCACUGAACAUAGUUGUGUCUGAGAGUGGAUGGCCUUCUUCUGGUGGAACAGCCACUUCACUUGAUAAUGCAAGAACUUACAACACAAACUUGGUUCGGAAUGUGAAACAAGGGACCCCAAAGAGGCCUAAUAGACCCCUUGAAACUUAUGUGUUUGCCAUGUUUGAUGAAAAUCAGAAGCAACCAGAGUAUGAGAAGUUUUGGGGGCUCUUCCUUCCAAAUAAACAGCCUAAAUACUCAAUUAAUUUGAAUUAGUUACUAGAAGCAUACUGUAUAAGAAAUAAGGGCUAUGAUUCCAAAUCAAACUUCCAUAAUUGUUCUAGAAGAGGCAGGCAGGUAUGGUCCGUAUGGAGCUUUAUCUGCACUAUUGAUUGUUGGAGUCUUUAUGUACCCAUUUACGAGCAAAGUUUAUUUUAAAUAAUAAUUCUAUUAUCAAUAUUUUACUAUA